AUGAAUGAGAAGAAGAACGAAGGAGAGUUCGUGAAGAAGCAAUGCACCUUUUACAGGCUCAUGGCCAAGUAUAAGCAACAAAAGGACGAUUCCCAGAAUCGGCCGUUUAAAAAAAGAGAGUCUACUCCGCCUAAGCGAGAAGGUGACAAGAUCAAGAAAUUGGCGGUGAUUCCGCCUCCGUUUACACCGCAAUGGGGCCCUUAUGGAGUUUGGGUGCCGUAUCCUCCGGCAGCACCCGUGCAUAGCCAACAAAGGUGGGAAGAUCCUGCUGGUUCAAUUCCAAGACCCUCUGUCUUUAGCCGAUUGAACAAUUGUCAAUCGAGCUCUAGUGGUACAAGUCAAGAUCGUGUCAUUACCUCUAGGACUUUGACUCCACAAGAGUCGGGAAAGGCACCAAUGCAGCAAGUUUAUGUGCCUAAGAAGGUUGAGAUUCCCGUUGUUCCCCCACCAAGAGCUAGGCCUCAAUCGGUUAUCACAAUCGGCUCCAUGGAAGCUCCCGCCACUAAUCAUGAUGGGCCGAUUGUAAUCGAAGAAAUUCCAGCAUCUAAGCAAGACGAAGAUCCUAAAGAUGUUUUUGGAAUUGAAGAGAAGAAACGCGUCGAAGGAGAUUCCAAGUACCGGCAACCCAUAUGGUGUCCUCGUGAGUUGAAUAAAACUCAACGGCGCAAAUUGCAGCGUGCCUGA